AUGACCAGUUUGAAAGAAAUGAAAAGUUCUUCGUUCAAGAAGCUCAACCCGUCUCCGGAAAAUCCCACCAACCAGCCUGAAAAACCCAGUGAACUUGAGGGAUCCAUAAACUCGGAAUGGUAUGUCAAUUCUGAUUGGGCCCGGAAUGAUGAAGGCCCAACAAACGCGGAAGUCUCUAGAGCUAGAAAGCCCACCAACAACUAUGAAGAACGAACUCCUGGCAGCUGUCACAACAAAUUUAAAAUCCAAAAUGGAGCCAAAAAUCAUGGAGAGAGAGCCAAACUUAUCGAUAAAUUUUCAGACAAAAUGACUAGACAGUACCUAAGGGUUGUCAUUGUCUUUGCUAGCUUCUUCUUUGUGUCUGUACUUGUGGAUUUCGCUUCGUAUAACCUGUGGAGAAUUAAUUUUGUGAACUUUUGUAAUCUUUUUCCAGGUGCAUGGGCAUCAAUAUCUAUCUACGUUUACUGCUUCCCAAUUGCAGGUAGGAUUAAGAAUAUUUUGAUUCAGACGAUUUGUCUUGCAUUCCUGGUCACUGCCUCUCUCCAAGUUGAGUUGCCGUUUUUUGCCAGUUUGACUGAGUUUGGCUUGAAGUUGAUUGAGGUCGGCUGUCAGAUGCUCGUUAAGUUUCUGCUGUUUGCAUGCAUUGAAAAUUAUCUUACUAUGUACUGUAGGUUUGAUUUUGUUAGGGUCUGA